GAGAGGGUGGGAGAGAGAGAGAGCGCAGUCAUCCUGCCAGACAGUGCGAGAGAGAGAGAGAGAGAAGGAUCCAACGCUCCCCCAGAAACAGCCUGCACCCCCAAACUGAGGACAUGAUCAGCCCAUGGUGUGGUUAACCUGCUGCCCAAGAUGAAGUGGCCUGGUAGUGCUCCAUCCUCUCCCCUCUUCUAUUGUUUACUCUUGAUUGGCACUUGCUCUGUCUUUCCCUUUCAUACACUACCCCACCCAUCUAUCUCCUCCAUGCCUGCUGCAAUACGGCAUCCACAUCCUUCCUUUCAGGCUGCUCCGUACCAAGCUCACUAUCCUUUUCAUCCUACCUCAGAUCAUUUACACUUGCCUCUCCAUACAGCAGCCCGUCGUUCACCCCAUCUCCUCCAUUCUACCCCUCACGCCUCCUUCCCAGUGGUCCAAACACAAGAGCUGUCACUCAAGACAUCACCUUUACCCAAAAAGAAACCUCACCACCUUCAUCACCAUUUAGGGGCCACACGAGGAAAGCGCCAGUCCCCUGUUCCCAGUGUUCUGUUCCCAGUUGCCUUUGAAGGAGCAGCCCCUUCUUCCCAAUACCCCUGGGCCAUUGUGUGGGGUCCCACAGUAUCAGAUGAAGAAGGGGCUGCAUUGAGCUCUGCUUAUUCCACACCUCGCUCUGGUUAUCAUCAAGAGGGGAGCUCCCAGGAAAACAUGGAGCCUAUAGGUCUGGACCUGAGAGGAGCACCAAAAACAUUACGACCCCCAAUCUACCCACCUCUAGAUGAAGAAACUGACCCCCAGUUGUACGUCACAAUUGUCAUCUCAUUGCUGAUUGUGUUAGCGGCGACUGGAAUUAUCAUUAAAUUCUGCUGUGAGCGCAGACAAAAGAGAAGGCGACACCGCAGUGACCGUUGUCCUUUACCAGAGGAGGGGAGCCUGCAGCCUCUAACGGACCUGUCCCCCGACAUCUCUGGGCUCCAUGCUCUCAAGCUUGGGGAUUCCAAAACUGGGCCUGAUAUACGAAUUGGCCCCUGCAGGACAAGCAAGAUACCCAUAGUGACCAUGUGAUUAGAGUGUCAGCACAGAGGACCUGCACGAGGUGUGAAGAACUAAAAGGCUACUUGCUGUGCCCCAGCAGGGGGUGAAAUCGUUCAACUUAUUCCAACUUGGAUCUGGUUGCAUAUGAGCAAGAGGAAGAGUCGGAGCAGAAGGCGCUGAACUAUACUGCUGGGAAUGUGAGACAAUGGAGCAGCCAAGGCUGGGGCAGGAUUGCGGGAAUAUGUGUAUAUUUAUAUGCAUAUAAUGUCUAUGUAUCAGGGCAAUGGUUCCAGUCUUCUUUCUUAGGCAUGGACACACCUUUGUGAUUAUUGCUAGACCUCUCCAUGUAUCUGAGUCCAGUAGAAACCAUUGUGAGUGACUUGAUAAAGGGCUUCUCCACACUGAGCAGCCACGGGAAACCAUCACUACCAGUGUCUAUUCGCACAUCCACUAGUCUUUCUGCAUUUUUAUUUGUGUUUUUAAUAAAAUACGUUUUGAGUGGA